AUAUGUUUACAGUCAGCCCACAAAACUUUUACAGCACACUGUAAUUUUACAAACAUGCAGCACAGAUAUUGAACAGGAGGGUUGAUUUGAGUAGGUUCCUGUUGGAAUGAACCCAAUAUCAGAAUUUUUAUUAUGUACUUAAAGGGGCACACUGUAUUCUCUCUAGGGCUGAAACAUUUAAAAGGUAAUUUUCUUCCAGGAGAUAAAUCUUGCAAAGACUCAAAGACAUUUGAAACGUUAUCACACUAGGCUAGGCUGGUCCUGCAAAUGCGGAUAAACACAGAGAUGUUAGAGCUAAGUUUAGGAAUAUCUCCAUCUUGCAUUCUGCAGACUCCCACUGUUGCCUGUUUUACUUACUCCGUUUAUUAUACUUUAUUUAUGUUAAGGUUCCUCUGUUUCCACUCUAUAAUGGGAGCAGUGUCAUUAGUAUUAUUAGUAUUAGUAUUAUUUUUACAUGUUGUGUUUAGUGGAAUUCUCUGCCUUUUCAAUUUUUUCUUCUUUUUAUAUUAAUUUUUACCCAUUCUAUGUUUUCUGUUAAACUUAUUUACUAUAUAGUUACACAAUUAUCACCGUCUCAGAGAACAUAUAUUGAAGAAUAUAUUUAAAUAUUCUCUGAGGACAGGAACUAAAGUCAGGAAAGGUCUUGGAUAGAAAUCAGAUGCAAGUUUAAACUUAUGGAAAACAAACCUACAAACCACAAGGUGUCCUUGGAGGAACCUUCCCAGAAGUUCUCUGAAAACUGGAAUUUUACUUCUUCACAUGUCCGGGACAUGGAUUUAUCUUAAAAAUUUUGGAACAAUGCAGAAACACAGAGAGACUCUUCCUUCCUUUUCCCUUACAUGCAGUGUUACAGGUGACUGGCUGCCAGGAUGCUGUGGUCCUAAAUAUGUGAGAUUUAGGGAAGGAAAUAGGUAAAUUAAUUUCUGUGUUAAACUAAUGUCAGGAGACACUUUGUCAGUAAACUUGAAAUGGAUUUGUAAAGAUUGUUUUUAGCAAGAAUUUUUGUAGGAAGAAUCAGAUUUGGUGCCUUGGCAGAUAUCCUUGCAGAAUGGAAAAUUUGGUUAAAGGUAAGUGUAGCAGCAAGAGUCACCACAGACUUGAACUGUGGUCCUACAAAAAGUAGGAACACCAAAUUCAAUUCCCAUGAUGGAAUAGGGUACCUCAUUGCUGAGAACAGCUUGUCCAGUACCUUAAGAAAUUUGAGGACAGUUAGCUGUGAGCAAACAAAAGGCCUUCCUAUUGUCUCCUGGGAGGUAGGUGUGCCAGCUGAAGCUGUCUAUAUAUUUAUGCUUUUCUACAGACUGUGGCUUCUCUGCAGGCAACCAAUACAGCACCUUGGUGGUGAAUGAUUAGGAAAAAAACAGGUUAACAUUGUAGAUAAGUCAAGGCAUGUGAAUGACUGAUUUGAUCUGUGAACUGAACAGCUCUCCCUGGUACCACAGCAGAACGUUUGCUGUGUGAGCCUUGGGUGGACUAAAGGAAAGGGCAGAUAUUUCAUUCUAACAGAUACUCCAGAAUGCCUGGGAUGGAUGCCCAGGGUAUGUGUGUGCCUGUGAGAGAGAAAUAGACUUACAAACUGACACCCUGUUCCAUUUUGCCAAGUAAACAUGCCUUCCUACAAUUGAGGAGAGGCUGUAUCAGAGCAGGUAAGUGAACCCACCACACGUGACCUAAUCUCAUCCACCAAGUCUACUAUGAAAUGUUGCAGGCAAUUAUCAAAAUAGUGCAGAAUCUGAUGUUAAAGAUGAUUCUGGUGAGGGACAGUCUUGGAUUCAUUGAAAAAUAGCUCUAAUACCCUAGCAACACUGCCUAAAUUGAGCAUGGUCAUGGAAAGCAAUGUGUUUCAAACUUCUAGAAUGGAGGCAAAGCAUAUGCCAGCCUUUCUGAACACUGAAUAAACAUUGUCCCUUGUGGAAUGUGAGCAAAAGAUCUGAGAGUAUUCAAUAGUAUUAAAGGCAAAGAAGUCAAUUUAAUUAUAUUCCCAGUACCAGAUAACAGAAGUACAUUGGGAAUAUCUGAUCUGUCAUGAAUGAUUCAACAAUAUAAAGUAGCUCAGACUGCUCUAUGACAAUAUUUAACGUGCUCAGAAAAUAAAUCUAACACUUGAUACAGGAAUCCUGGAGUCACCUAAUCCGGUUUAAUGGGAUGAAGCAUACAGAAGUUUUGGCCAUGAUAAUUUGCAAGUACUGCAAAUGCUUGAGACAAAAUGCUCUCAAUAUGCUGCAUGAAAACCCAAUCACCGGGAGGCUGAUUAUUUUUAUUGGAAGUCCAGCAGCCCUACUAUGUUAGUGUUUGUUAGCCAAAUGUACAGAAGUAAUGUGUCUGUCCCAACUGGUCUGGACAGAGUGAAGGAAAAUGUGGAAUCCUCUUGUCCAUCUUGUUUGUGUUCUGUCAUUGGAACAUGGAAUUUCUGAAACUUCAGGUAGUCAAUCAAAACCUAUAUUUCCUGCAGGUGUAUGUAGUAAGGCAUGAGCAUUUAUGCAGGUGCAUGUCAGUCAAGAUUUCCCCAUUGUGGAGGGUUAAGAGUCUAGUUAUAUGACGAGAUUCUGUAAAAUCUAAAAUUAUUUCUGAUGGAUAAAUGCUGAAGUAGUAAAGGAGCCCUAAUAUCACCCUUGAGACUCCUAAGGAUUCAAUGGCCAUGAGAUGCAAUUUGUAUCCCUCUGCCCUUAGCCAUAUGGAGUCAAAGAAGUAAUAUUUAAGGAAUGAAGUCUGACAAUCUCUUUAUCAGUAUAGGGAUGUUGCAUUUUGCUGGAGGUGAAUUAAUACUUGUGCUAGAACUUGUGUGAAGAUACUUCAUGCUGGCAAAUGGACUGAACUGGUGAUGGUUGUCAGCCUGUGCCCAUGUUAGAUAUUUUUACUGAGAUAACUUCACAGAUAGCAGGCACAGAUACGGGCAAUAAACAUAAAUCAGUAUAUUUUUUUUUAAGAUGUGAAUUAAUCCGAUAGGAGUUACCUUCCUGAAAUGUUAGAUAUUUAGGUUGCGGAUGUUGAUGAUGAGUCCUUCUUCCUUGCCUCUAGGAAAACACAAGUACUUGUGCUAUGAUGGAGCCAGUUCUACAGCUACUAGUGCUAGCAGAAUGCAUCUCCUGCCAAAGCAGGUUCUCAGAAGGGCUGCUCAGGAAUGGACAGGAAGACCAACAUAAUUUUAUUUACUAGUAUAGGUGUAACCAAAAAACAAUAAAUGCAAAUGGGACAUUUAAUGAGGUAAUUGAAAUAAAUGUUCAGAGGAGGUGUUGGACAAUAUAAGACAAGGGCUAGUCAUGACCCCUUGGUGUGUGCAUAGUGUUGAGGAUGCAACUUAUGCAGCUGAGCAUUUGAUGGCUGUAUAAAACCAAAACAUAAAAUAAAAUCCAACUUCCACCUUCUCAAGCAAAACAAAUGCUGGUAAAAUUUCAGCAAGGAAAUGGUGUUUUCCCUGUUUACUGCACUGUGAGCCACAUACAUGGCAUGUAUGUGUGCAGUAGAGGUGGAUUGUAUCCCAUAUCCUGAAGUCAAGAUGAAAGGACUCUGAAGUGAACUGAGAGGUCCAUAAAAGGCACAUUCGGGGAUAUCACUGAACAAUUUCACCUGCAAACGCCACAUGCUACUGAGGAAUAGGGCAGGGUUGGAGAGAGUGAGCAAAAUACAGAGCCUUCCACAGGAGUGUAGAGAGCUUGUGGAAGGGAAAAUGAGCUCAAAGAUUUCCCUACUGGAAAUGAUUCCCAAGGUGGGUCCUCCCUGCUGGACAAGGACCGUGUAUUGUCUCACAUCAACACCAACCUUUCAGACCUAGUGGUCUCAGUUUAUAAGACAAGGAACACUUAAAUGGUAAACGAGUUAAUCAUCAGACAUACAGAUUGGUCUGUAUUAGUACAAAGGAUAAAACUAAACCCCUCAAUCAUUGUUUGAUUUACACCAUAACUUUCUUUAGAGAAUUUAUUAGGCAGUAUCUAAGAAAAAGACAGUCUUCUGUAAAAAGUUGUUUUCAGAAAGUGUUAGAAUUUUCUUAUUUUCCCUGUGGUAUCAUAUUCAUUAGUGUUUCAGAGUCUUUUAUUUUCCAAUUUCUUAUGGCUUUUUUUGUAUUUCUUUCAGCCCUUUUAUGUAGUCCCUGUGGGUUUUGUACAGGAUUGUACAAGAUUUCUUAGUAGAAGAGGAGUGAAGCUCUGGAAUAAUCACCCAGAAUAAAUGGGAAAUAAAAGUUAACAAAUUCAUUUAAAUUGAAAAUUGUGCAGUUUAUGGAAAGAGACAAUGUAAAGUAAUCUAGGGAAGUGAUCUCAAGUACCUGAGAGGACCUUUCCAGUUUCAUGUUCUUCUAUGUAUAUAAAAUACAUUUUUGAUCUAGGUGCUGGGAAAUAAGAAGGCUUUUAUAAGUUAUCUUUUUCACGUUAUCUCAUUCUGCAGAACAUACUGUAGUUAUUUAUAAAUGUGUAACCACCAGCUGCCUUUUCUCACAGUUUUUUUUUCUCUCUCAAAUACACACUGAGAAGUAGCAAACAAGGAAUGACCACGGGACUACAUGCAUUUGUAAAUAGUUUUCUUCAAAAGCAGCACAACUGGGAUAUAUAAAAACAUGAAAAGCCAAUUAAUAGGACUUCUUAUGAACUCUUGGAUUUCUUUUUCACUUGCUUUGUAUUUUCACAGUGGAGAAAGAGAAGAGAAAUGUAUAAUUGAAGACGUUCCCAGUGACACACUGGUAAUUGGGAAUUACAAAGUACAAAGUUGGGACAUACGUGAACAAGACUUUCUUGAAUCCGCUCCUGGUUUGGGAAUGUUUGUGACUGUCACAAGUCCUUCUGCUGAGGUAAUAUUGUCAAAACUGUAUGGGCCACAAGGAACAUUUUCUUUUACAUCCUAUAUAUCUGGGGAGUACAUUAUCUGUUUCCAGUCUAACUACACAAGACUUGUGUCAUUUCCAGGAAGCAGACUGCGUAUCCAUCUGGACAUCAGAGUUGGAGAACAUUUUUUGGAUGAAUCUGUUCUUCAAGCCAAAGACAAAGUGAAUGAAGUUAACAUGAGACUGGAACAUCUAAUUGAGCAAAUUCAUCAUGUGUCUAAAGAACAAAACUAUGAAAGAGAGCGUGAAGAAAAAUUUCGGAAGACAAGUGAAGAAACCAACAGCAAUAUUUUGUGGUGGGCUAUCGUACAAACAAUAAUCCUCAUCUCAGUUGGAAUCUGGCAAAUCAAGUCUCUCAGAGAUUUCCUUAUAUCUAAGAAGCUUGUUUAAGUCUUAUAAAGUAAACACACAGAUUAAAUAAUUGAACACCAUCUAACACCUAACCUCCCAAGUGACUUUGUAUCUAUGAGAAAAUUGGUUGUAGGUAACUCUCAAGCUUCUCUCAUCCUCUACGCUGGUUCUUACUCUGGUUUCUCAAUCUGUAUCACAGGCUCAGCAACGCCUUUAUGUUUUACUCCUUGAAUCUUUUAUCCAUUUCUUUUCCUUUGCAGAUGUAAAGCUAAAUCUAGAAGAGUGGCUUCAUGAGUAAGGCAACAUUUAAGUUCAACUCAGGAUUGUGAAAUCUAAAAUAGAAAUCUAAAACAAUUUUCCUAAUUUUUCAAAGUUCUCUACUGUUGUGGUUUAAUCCUUGCUGGCAACUGAGCACCACGCAGCCACUCAAUCAUUCCCCACCCCCAGGGGAAUAAGGGAGAAAAUUGGAAGAGUAAAAGUGAGAAAACUUACGGGUUGAUAUAAAAAAGUUCAAUAACAUAAUAAUAACAACAACAAUAAUAAUAUGAUGCAAGGGUUAAUUUGGUGAGAGUGUCUUGAACUCGAGCUAUGUUUGUGUAACACCUAGCUUUUCCUUAAAUAUAAUUGUGAUUGCUUUCUUUUAAAAUAUGCAAAGUUGAAGUGACAGUGGAGGUCACCCUUAAUAUUAUGAUCAGUGGUUGCAGCAAUUGCCAUGGAAGAGAGAGACCCAGACAAACCAUUCGGAAUUGCACUUACUUUUUUUCUCCCAGAUAGGCCCCGAACAUUAGGGUAUAGAGUUAAGAUCUGACCUUUCCCACAGUUGUUUAUGUAAAUUAUAGUCUUUAUGAAAUAUGUCAAAGUAAACCAAAUCACAGGUUUCUUGGUAAACAUCGAAUUUGUGCCUAUAUAUUUUAUUUGAAGCUACUCUUACACUAAAUUCUUCAGUCUGUUUGUGUGUUCCAUAAUUAUUUUUAAUUAUCAGCAACUGUAACAUGACUGCCUAAGAAACUCACCAGUUUUUUACUUGAUUGUGUAUCCGAUUUCACUUAUUGCAGCUUGGCUGAAUGCAUCUUUAUGCCUUAAUUUAGCUAGUUUGUGUACAACUAGCAUAGUAGAUAGAGUAUCAUGCAGUUACAAGUCAAAAGCUGCAGUUAAAAAUUCGGAUAAUUAGCUUAGCAAAGUAGUAAUUGUGUAAGAAGAAGUGGGAGGUGGUUAUAACAUGACGCAUCCCAGCAGUUGGUUAAGAUGUAAAGGGACAUUCUUGAAAAAGUUUCUAGAGAGCACUGUGAUAGUAGAAUGUUGUGGUUUGGCUUCCUGCUUGUAUUUCCAGACCCUUCACUAGUCUAAAAGUUAGUGAAUGCUGAAAUAUCUGUAGACCGGUUAUUAUUUUAAAGGCACGGCUUGCUUUCUUUUUUCUGUCUUCUCACCUUUGUUUUCAUUAGCAAGGAAAUGACAUUGCCCUUUAAGUUCACUUAUGUUCACAGUACGGGCAUGAAAAUACAGCGGUGAGUGUGUAAGAAUCCAUAAAGCUGAUAUGAAGUUGAGACAAAAAGUGAUGCUCUAUGGACCAAAUAAAUCAAAACAAAAUCUCAUAAAGCUACUCACUGAGGUUUGUCUUACAUUUAAAAAUUCUGUGACACUAAAAUUGUCACUUGAAAUGUCCAGUAAAUAAAUGUUAUUAAAUUCACUUUUACAGAGCACUCACAACAUGUCUUGUAAUAAAAUCUUCGGUGGUAAGAAACAAGGAAAGAUGUAUUCCAACCAUAUGGUAUAUGAAAUCCUGGAAGGAAAUUUAAUAAAGUGUUGCCACAAGGUUGCGAUUCAGACUUUAGCUGGUAUUUAGUGUAAGGCUCCUAACUACAUCCCAAUGACAAACUUAUCUCACAAUACACUUAUGCUUUUAAACCAAAAAGGCAGGUUCCAUGUCAGAAUUUAUAAAGGAGCUGAUUAUGUUUCUUUGUAUUAAUUAGGUCUAUACUGAAACCAGCACUGAGACUUGGAGCCUUGAAUAGAGCUUAAGAGCCCUU